AUGUCAUCGGUGAAAUGGCCGCCUUUAUAUUCUUCACCGCCGUCUUCAGAGAGCACUAAAUUCGGCAGGCAAUUCACUAAACCGCUUCACUGCUCUCUGUUAGCCUCUAAUCGGCUCACUUGUUCAUUACAAAUCAGACGCAGUGCCACUCUCGGCUAUCGCCCAUCUUUCAAAAUCUUCUGCGAAAGGAGUAAAACCACUCCAGGGAAUCGACUUUAUCAGGGAUUCUCAGUAUUGCAAGGGGACAGUCCAUGGGAGGGUGGAAACCUAUGGAGCACUCUUGCUUUCUACAUAUUCAACCUGCAUAUUCCUUUGAGUUUUGGAGGGUUAUCUGUGGUUGCCCAGAUAAUAGGGAAGAAUCGUCUUGUUCCACAAACUGAGAUCUUGGCAAUUCUUUUCAUUCAACUUCUCGAGCUUAAUGGAGCAUUGCUUUUACUGAAGUACACAGCUAAGCCACAGUAUAAGUUUUCAAGUUUCUUCAAAAAUAACGGAUCACUUGGAACCAGAAGCUGGGUUUUGGCAUCAGCAGUGGGAUUCGGAGUUCUUGUCCUCCUGCUUUUUCUAACAUCACUGGUUGCUAGCAGGUUAUUUGGCUCUAAGCCUGUCAACAACUCCAUACUGAAGGAUAUCCUCUUAAGCAGUGCCAUAUCCAGAGUGACCUGUGUCAUUGUUUACUGUAUUGUGUGUCCCCUUCUGGAAGAAGUUAUUUAUAGAGGCUUUCUGCUAACGUCACUUUCCUCCAACAUGGAAUGGCUACAAGCAGUUGCUGUAAGCGCAGCAAUAUUCAGUGCAGUUCAUUUCUCUGGUGAGAGCUUUCUGCAGUUGUUCAUCAUUGGUUGUGUCCUUGGUUGCUCCUAUUGCUGGACUGGAAAUCUAAAGUCUUCCCUCCUUAUACAUUCUUUGUACAAUGCUCUCACCUUAAUAAUAUCCUAUUUGUAUUAAACUCCAGAUCUCAUUGUUCUCAUUUUUUGUUGUUUUCAAUUCAAAAUGAUAAAGAUUGCUACAUUGUCUUACCAA